AUGCUACGCUGGGCAGCGCACUUCUUCGGCAAGACGAGCACCGGUGCGGCGGCCGCGACAGACACAAGCGAUGGCGGCACGAGAGAGGCCGCUGUGCACGAGGAGCAGCCUCGUCGCCCGCGUCGUGGGGCCGAUGUGCCGCCGCUGAGGCAGUGGUGGAUUUCCGCUGAUGCGGAAGACUCCUCUGCCGCCGCGGCACGUCCGUCGCCUCCCGCCUCCCUCACCCUUGCAGACGCCGGCAUGGAUGACGACUAUGGCUCUCCCGGGACGCUUGACCUCGCGGCGUCACUAAGCUUUGGCGCAUCGCCUCCUGCUGCGGCGGCAGAAGCGCCAGAAACGAAAGUGGUCAGCGCGAGAAGUGCGGACGUGACGACGGCGCCCACCGCGCACGCUCACGACGACGACGACGACGCCGUCGACGACUUCCUGCGAAAUGUCAUUGCCGGCAAGACAGACAUGCUGCGCAAGCAGCUCGCUCAGGAAAAGCUCGAGGCCGCCGCGGCCGCAGCAGCAGCAGCAGCAGCUAAUCCUGGCCACCUCACCCACAACACCGCCAGCGGCACUCGCGGUGGCGGUGCUGCUCUCGACAAGACCACCAGGCGGAGCAGCACAUCGACGGUUGGAGUCGUGACUGGCGACGGCGCCGCCUCCAUGGGGAGCGCCAUGCACUUGCAGACGUCGAUAAGCACCGUCACCACGACGGCGGGCAGCCCACGCCCAGUGGGGAGGGCGACGGCAAGUCGAGGAGGGAGCUCGAUGGCGGCGACAACGACAACGGGCGCAGCAUUGACCGCUGGAGGCGCCUCGCAGCAGCACUACCCCGCACGCCGGAGUCGAUACGUCAGCUCCGCCGCCCGCUCGCUGCAGGACUACGAGCUGAUUGCCUUUCUCGGCAGUGGCACGUUCGCCGAAGUCACGUUGGCGCGCAACAAGGUCACUGGGAAGUACUUCGCCGUGAAGAAAAUCUCCAAGCAGCGAGUGAAGGAGGAGGGCUGCAUUGAGCGCACCUUCACGGAGCGGCAGCUCCUCGCCAAGCUGCACCACCCCUUCCUCGUGCGCCUCUACCAGGCCUUCCAGAGCCAGACACACCUCUACCUCGUGCUGGACUUUGCACAGGGCGGCGACCUCUACUCGCUCAACAUGCAGCAGCUGUGGCUCCGCAGCAUGAAGCGAAGCCUGGUCAAGAUGCAGUACCCGUACUACCAGACCACCUCUAGCACCCUCACCCCGGCGCUCUCUCCUGCCGCGGCAGCGUCGGAUGCACAGCAACAGCAACCCAAAGCAUCCCCCGUAUCGGCACCAGCGCAUGACGCAGAGCUGACGCCCGGACCGGUCCUCCCAUGUCUUCCCUCCUCCGCCGCUGUGACGCAGCCCACAGAGGUUGUUCCGGGUGCGCAGCGACAGCAACCAAAAGGCAGCAGCGGCACCACAACCUCGGACAGAGACGCAAUCCUUGCAUCUUCCGCCAUGGUUAGAAGUCUGGGGCCCAGCACAGUCAGCAGUGCCUCUCGGUCGAGCAACGCCGUCGCGAACACCGCCACGGGAGAGGCAUUGCCUCUGCCCUCAGCGCAGGACGGUCACGCGAGCGGCGUGGCGGAUGGCGCCCACCAGGUCGUGGUCGCCGUGGCCGACGAGGGGGAGACGGAAGAGGAAGACACGGACAGGACCGAGCUUGACGGCGCCACCGACAACAACCACAGCGUGGCCGAGGCCCCGCCCUCCGCAGUACUGCAGCGGCAGCAGAGGAAGAGUAGGCACGCCCAGCAAGGUGCCGCUGACUGCCUCGGCCGCAACACGCGGCUCCCAACGGACUUGUUGUACUACACGACCGACGCCGUCGACGAGUUUUCCAUCAGCCGCAACGCCGGCAGCGACGGCGCGGCGGCGUCCGAGACCUUCGCGGCGGGCAGCGGCGGAAGCAGAAGCUCGCCGACAACACCCAUCACCUCACGCACGCCGGAGGCCACAAAGUCCGCAGCGGCCAAUGCCGCGGCAGCAGUCGGAGACAGUGCUCCCGCUGCGACCCGAGAUGCCGUAGCCGCAUCCUCGGCGGCUUCGGUGGCGUCUAGUGGCCGCGGGCGGUACCGACUGCUGCGGCGGCGCACGCUUCCCGCAGUCGAGCGUGACGGUGGUGCUCGCGGCGGUCGUUCUGUGUGUCCAUCCUCUUCCUCAUCGGCUGAUGAGGAUAACGGCAAGGGCAGACGGCGGCGAGAUACCGCUGACAAGGACGGCCGUGGCAGCUCUGCCGACUCGGCGCGGCAGCUAGCGUGGAAGCCGCGAGGCGUAGCGGUCACAAGCCCGACCACUCAGGCUGGGGCGGCUGCGCCUCGGCGCCUGCCAUCCCCUGCGGCAUCCACGCCAAGUCGACAAGCCCCCACCGGUAGCGCCAGCGGCGUGUCUACCGCGACGAACAGUACCGCGUUCCCAUUCGCCACGAGACCGUCGGGCCUCACGACGACCGACUUGGCCACGCCGCGGACGCAGGUGCCACGGUCACAGCCACCUGUGCACCUCCAAUACGACGAGAGGAGAAGUAGCGGCGGCCACAGCAACAACGGUGGUGGCGGUGCGGACGAGGCACUGCGAGACGGCGAAUUGUCUUCGGCGAUGACGGUGCCCGCGACGAGCGCCGCAGGUGGCACCAGCGCGGCUGACGCGCAGAGGAGAAAGACAACCAAGAGCGCGUGGCCGCCGGCCACGGAGGCGGAGCAGCCGCGGCUUGCCAGCGAUAACAGCCACACCGCGACCAGCGCCACAAGUGCAGCUGCAACGUCACCGCCGAGAGGGCAAGGGGGAAAGGCGAAGGUCGUCAGCGACAGGGGCGAGGGCAGCAGCGACAGUAGCCGCCACGCACCCGAGAAAAAGGCUGCCGAGUCGCAUGAUGCGUCGGAGGCUGCGGCCGACCAGCGCUCCCUCUCCACGGACAUCACCGACGCAGCGAAGUUGCUUUCGGCCACCGCGACGACGAUGUCCUUCGCUGGUGCGACCGCGGCGCAGGACGCGGCCGCCCCAGCCGCUGCGCUUCGGGUCGAUCUGGCCGCGCCGUUCCACCAGGUUGCGAUGGAGAGCAGCGCGAGUGUGCUGCGGACGCUGCCGAGCGCGGAGUUUGCGCCUGACGAGGUGCAUCGGUUCCCGCUGCGGCUCAUCGCCUUCUACGCGGUUGAGGUGGCGCUCGUGCUGCAGUACCUGCACCGUGAAGGUUUUCUCUACCGCGACCUAAAGCCGGAGAACAUUUUGAUGCGCAGCGACGGGCACGUGAUGCUGACGGACUUCGGCGUCGCGAAGUACCGCAAGGGUGCCGCCAUUAUGCCAUCAGGGAGCGGCGACGGCGCCCACGGAGAGGUUGCAAGCAGCCCCUCUUCGGGCGCCGGUGCUGGCACCGAUGGCAGGGCAAACAGCUUCACCGGCACGACGCAGUACAUGAGCCCGGAGAUGCUGCGUGGGCAACCGCACGACUCCCGCACCGACUGGUGGAGUUACGGGUGUCUGCUGUUCGAGUGGGCGAAUGGGCGCAAGGCCUUCAACGCACAGAACCAGUUCGCGCUCUUCCGCUCCAUCGUAGAGGAGGACGUGAAGAUCACCGCAGAGGACUACCGGCUCACGCCGCUGGAGGUGCACACACGCGUCGCACAGCUGCACUACCGCGCGGAGGAGGUGCGGCUGGCGUACGAGCAGCGGCUGGCGCGGCGGAUGCAGCGCAGCUUCACGCCAUUGUCGCAGUCCACAAGACUGCCACCGACGCCGUCGGCCCUGAGAGCCGAGGUCACCUACAACCCCAGCAACCGCAGCUUCGAUGUGCAGCUGCGCUCUCCAGCGAUCUCGGCCAUGUCCUUCGCGCAGUCCGGCAUCGACGGCGCCGGCGCAGCGGCGGAGGGGGCGGAAGAAGCACUGACGAACGACGCAGUGAAGGGCUGCACCCCGCAUCAGAAGGAUUCCCGUCACCGUUCACCGCCUCUGGUGCCGCCGUCCGACGCUGCAGCCACACACGCCACCCCGCACCAACAUCCCCACCGUCGCCUACACAGCUAUAGCUACGUGUCGCCGCACGCCACAGCAGCGGUGCAGAGCGCAUCUGUGGCGGUGCGGCUGAACGAUUCCUUCACGAACCAGCUCGGUGCGCGGGCCGUAUCCAGGACUGCCAGUGCGGAGGAAGACACUCACGGACCGUCGCCGCAGUCGACGCUGAACGACUCCUUCGCCGGCAUGGAAUCCAACUCCGUCGUGUCGCUCGGUGGAGCGCCGACGAACCUAUCCAUGCGUCUGGCCACCACCGAGGACGGCGUCAUCGCUGCGCUGCUCUCGACCACCUCUUCCUCGACGGCGGUGCACCUCCAGCACCAGCAAGAGCAGCAGGAGCGGCAUCGCCGCCAUCAGCGGCGCCGACUGCGCCUCUCCUGCCUCAACCUGGACGAUGCGACCCGCGACCGCUACAUCGACAACGCCGUCGCGCAGAUGGCUGAGGCUCAGGCGCUGCUGCGCGACCUGACGAUGAAGCUGCUGGACCGCCGCAUGGAGCACCGCCUCAGCGGCGAGGCCGUCCUGGAGCACCCCUUCUUCACCUGCCCGUACAUUGUCUCGCAGCUGUACUACGAUGUGUAUCAACAGCGUGUCCUGUCGACGGAGAUGCGCCGCUCCGUGCGCGCUGCCUUCGGCUCCAACAACUUCCCGGCCGACCUCAUGGCGCCGACGUGGGAUGGGACGCUGCAGCAGCCCAAGACGGCCACCGCUGCUGCUGCUGCCACGUCUGUCUCGCACACGCACAACCCCUUUCUGGAGAUUCCGCUGCCGUCGCAGACGCGGCCGGAGGACUGGCGCGAGCUCUUCAUGGAGCGCCGCAUUCGGGCCCCCUACGCGCCACGGCUGCGCACCCGCGACGACCUGCGCUACUUUCCGGCUGCGGUGACGGCGACGGGACUCUCCGCCGCGGCGGAGCAGCACCGCCGCAUCAAGAAGGUGAAGGAGCAGCAGAGGGAGCUGAUGAUGAUGCGCGCCAACAUGGUAGUGGCGACCGCCCCGAACAACAGCCUCAGCAGCGCGAGCUUCACAGCAACCCUGUCCUGCCCAAACACGCAGCUGCCGGCGAACGUCAGUGGCAGUGGCAGUGGUGGUGGCAGUGGUGGUGGUGGUGGUGGCUCAGUCGUUCUUGUGCCCCUCGAUGCGGAAGCGGCGCAACAGGUGCAGCAGCUUCUGGUGGCGAGCGCCAGCAGUCUCAGUCUGCACCAUCGAGAUCUCGCCUCUCCUCUGCCUGAGCUUGACCCCGCCGAAGAAGAGGCAGCCGCGCACACCAAUGGCAUGAGAACCGCUCUGGCAAUGUCCCACGCGGUCGCCGCACCAGUCACGCUCACGUCUUCCGGUGCUGGCGUAGCGGUCGCCACGCUGGCUCCCAGCUCUCAGGGGCCGACGGAGAUGAUGCAGCCGCUGCAGCUGCCCGAGGUGGAGGUGAUAGCAGCCGUCACCCCUGACUUUGGCGAUGCUUCACCGUCGCACAAGAGACUGGCCGAUGUGUCGGCUCAGAGCUCCGCGGCCGGUGAUGCCCGAGGGGCAGACAUCGCGGAGGAGGCGCAGCUCGACACGGGGGGGAAGACAGCUACCAGAACGGCGGUGACUAUUACGUCAGCGCCGGUUGUUGAGCUUCGGCCAGAUCUCUUCGACCGCGCUGCGACGCUACCGCAGAGCUUCGUGGAUGCCGCGCUGGCGGUGGCGGCAGCAGCCCAGAAGAAGCAGCAGCAGCGCUCUGCAGACCCCGGUACUGCCCCUGUGGAGACUCAUCGCAGCAGCACUGGAGGCGUGGCAGCGGCCGAGACAACUUGUGUCUCGGCCUCCACUGACGCAGCGCGCAACACCAGCGCAGAGAGGAGCACCUUCGCCGCAACGCCACCGACUUCACUUGUGGCUCUGCCGCAGCAGCAGCCGGCCAGGGUGGAUGGCGCAGUGCUCAACAGCUCUGUGCUGCCCACAGGCCGCGAGAUGGCCUACGCUGCCGACGGCCGUGCCGACGGGCGACUGAGCAGAACGCUCUCAACAUGUGGUGGCGCUGGUGCGCACAGUACGGCAGACGCGGAGGCGGUCGUGGAGGACGCGGAGAAGGCACACGCCGAGGUGCUGAUAGACGAGGACGAGAGUCAUGAUGGCGGUGGUGGGUACUACGAGCAGGAUGCCCUCGCCGAGGACGACGCGCACGCGGUGGACGGCGGCGAUGAUUCUAGAAUGGCGGAAGAGGAGGCAGCCGCCGCAGCCGACAUGACGAGCGAAACAGAUAUCACCACGGUUGCCGCGGUCAACUCGACGAUGGAGGCUAGUAGCUUCGAAGACUCCCAUGCGAGUGUGCGGCUGCCGACGCCGACGCCGACACGACGCGGCGCGUUGGCCAAAUCGUUUGGAGUGGUUAGCAGCCCCGGGACGAGCGUGUGGGGGAGCAGCGCUGCACACCCACUCUCUCCCGGCGUCGGCAGCGUCGACGUGGAGGUGAUGAACAACGACGACGACAACAACCUCUGCCGCCGCGGCAGCGUAUCGGCCACCAGUCCGCCUUCUAUCGUGCCCGUGGAGGUGCCACCGGCGGCCAAGAUUUCCCCUGACCUGCCCAGCCACAGCGGCGAGAUGCACUGCGACCUCAACGCCUUUGCAAUGUCGUCGGUCUCCUCCACGACCCCCACGCUCUUCGACGACUCGCAGCAGUCGCUGUCGACCAGCCUCGGCCCCAGCGGCGCUGGCGGUCCGUACGGUACGAGCAGCGCGUGGACGACGCCAUCGUCUGCCGACACACAAGUUCCUGAGCGGGAGUAUCAACGCCGAGUCCACCACCAUCGCCGUCCGCUGUCGUCCGCCGACAGCAGUGGGAACCAAGACAUGCCGGACGUAUCGCCGCGCAUGCUACCGUUGCCGCCGUCCCUCGCGCACCGUGAAGAGAGUCAGCCGCAGCCCCCGGAAAAGCUGUCGUCCGCUGCGACGUCCUUCGAGAACGCCUUGCUUCCCGCAACCACCUCGUCCUCCAGCACCACCAACACCACACCCUUGGGGACUAUCAUGAUGAUUCAGUCCACUGAGCUGACGGGUGUUGGCAGAUCGCUUAGUGCCGCCACCACCACAGCAGGUACCGCAAGUGACGCCGCGCUGUCGUGCACCACGUCGCCAGCGGCGCUGCAGGCGCCGGCGGCCGUCCGUGACGGUACCACAGCCGUCGGCGGUGUCAAGGCCUCGCCGGAGAGCCCGUGGGGCAGGGAACUGCAUAGUACUGUUGCUUCGCGUUCUGGCGGCCCGCAGACCCCGGUCGCAUCCUCCGCCGUGGCGCGUCGUGAUCCACACCCAUCAGGCGCGGCUGCAGCCGCGGUCACAAGAGUGGCGACCAUGAACAUCGACCACGACGUGGCUGAUGAUAACGACGAUAACCGCGAUGUGGGGAUAGCGGACGAGGAGGGCUACGAGAGAAGUGGUGGUGAGGAGCACAGCAGCGGCGACGACGGCAGCGGUGACACGAUGACCACCCCCGUCAGCUCAAGCGGAGGGCAAGACGAGGACGAUCGGAAGAGUGACCCCAGUGAAUUGGGCGACUCAGCACGGCAACCGAUGCUGUCCGCGCCAGCCAGUUCACGUGGUGCGAACGUCCCCGGGAGUGAGCGCAACGCGGACCCCAUGCUGUUCAUUCUGGACUCGUCCGCGUCCUCCGUCUCCACGACGACGUCCAGCUCGGUGCACGCCUCCUCCAUGUCCUCGGGCACCUCGUCGACAAGCUCGCAGGGUGACAGCAACAGGGCCGCCGCGAUGUAUCCCACAACCACGCGCCCACCAAUGGCACUGCUGGCUGGGGCCGACCGUGGCGGCGGUGGCGGUCCCUCCGGCACCAUCAGCGGGUCCCGACAACGCGGCGACAUCAUCUCCUCCUCUCCCUACGACACACCGUGGUCGCUCGACGCUCGCAUCGGCAGCCGCAGCGGUGGUGAUGAUCACCGUCGCCGCAGCAGCGACCAGUCCAUCCCGCAUCGGUACACUCACCUCGGUCGCGACGCUGCGCACGGUGGUGUCGGCAUGAGCCUGCCCUUUGCCGCCACAGAUGUGACGGUAGCUGUGAGCCCGACCAUGUACGCGGCCCUCUCGGCAAACGCGCCGCUGUCCGUAGAGAGCAGCAACAGCCGGCUCUUCAGCACCGCGGGUACCUCCUCUCUCAGCAUCGGCACGAUCGGUGGCGGCGCUAGCGACGCCGCAGGGUUUCUUGGGCCGCUGACGACCACGCUCUCUGGUGUCGCGUACAACGUCGAUGACGAGGCUAGCAUGAGCGCCUUUGCAGCGACGUCGGUGAUGCAGGUCGAAGGCGGCGACGCCGACAGCGGCGCAGCAUCGACGCCGCCAUCCAGCUACGGCAGGCGCGGUCAGGGCAGCAAGGAUGCCGUCGGGGCCACCGCCAGCAGCGGUGCCGGCAGCCCUUCAGCCGCGGGUCGCCGACGAGACGUGCAGGCGAUCUGGGCGCAGCAACAACGCAAGCGAAUCGCCCGCGAACUACAGCAGCAGCAGGAGGAACCGGAUCCCUCGGCGGCAGCGUCGCUGCUGUGCGAGGCCGGCGAUGAAAGCGGUCGUCGGGACAUCAGUGACAGUGGAGGAUGGUGGUCGUAUUGGUCCAAACACAGCAGCAACGACGCCACCAUCUCCUCUACAGGCAAGCUCGUCGGUGUCACCUCCAAAGACGGCUGUGCUGCAGCUCAGCACCGGCGGAUGCACUUGGGCGUGCCAUACGACUACAGCACCGGCGACGAUGACAAGGAUGAUCCCGCUGCCGCGGAGCGGUGCGGUAGCUCGUCGAAGCGGCAGUCCUGUUCCGCGAAAAGCGGCGGUGAACAGGGCUGCAGUGAUGGUCGAGGUGCCAAGAGAGACCGCGGGAACUUGGCCUUGACAAGCUGGGGCAACGAAGGUGGUGCGGACGGCCGGACCGGUGCCACUGGCGACGGCAGCAACAGCGGUGGCCUCAGCAGCUUGGGCGCGGGGGGUGGCGGGUUCGACCACUUUCAGAACUUUUCCUUCACCUCUCCACAGAUUCUUCAGCAGUACCUUACCUCCUCCUCCGGCGGCGGCGGCGGCGACGUUGACGAGGGAGGGCAACGUCCGCACCACCAGCGACUUCGUCGUGGUCGCCUGGACAGCGGCGACUCUGGAGAAUCCUGA